GGUAAACCUAAAAUUUAAAAUUUGUGGUGAAUUUAAUGUUACUCAAGACAAAAAAAAACCUAAUAACUCAUUUUGUAAGUCUCUUUCGUAAUCAUUUUCAGUAUAAUGCACUGAGCAGACAUAGCUUUUAUCUGGAUUAAGUUUGUCCUCUCUUCUACAUCGAACUAUCCACUCGGUCCGAAUAGUUCAGGAUACUAGAUCUUUCCCUUUGGGAAAGCGAUGAAAAUUACAUUUUCCAGAACUUGCUUUUUCAUCAAAAUAGUUGUUAUUGCACCCAUAUAUUGCACAUCUCAUUCCAGGCAUACCUAACUAUUUUUUGACGUAACUUCUCCAACUAAAAAAGAUAAAAGAAAUGUAUUUCUUACCUUUACCUAUAUUAUUAUGUGUAAUAUUUUGAGCUUACCUCUUAACUAAUAACAACGCUCAUAAGCAACACGAACACAUAACUUUUAAGUCUUUGUUUAAGGUUAAAAAUACUGUUUUUCUUAGUUCUCGCCACUCAAGCACAUACAAUUUUAAAGGAUUUGUUAAAGCUUAAAAACACUGUUUUGUCCAAGUUUUUUUUUUACAGAAAUACAAUUAACACAAACAUAAGCGCUCUACUCACUAGUUUAAAUAAUUUUAAUUGUUCAAAGAACACAAAAUAUAAUGGUUUAAUACGCCUUCAAAUGCUUUGACACAAUACACAAAAACCGUUAGAGGACUUCGCUUACGUCACAAGCGACCACGCGCGAUCGAUAAUAUUAGCGAACUUACGUCUUAUGGGAUUGGGCAAUCCUAUUAGGUUUACGAUUCUUGGGUCAAUAUAUAUGGGACAAACAAACGUCACAAUCGUAGACGGCGUCGCUCUCUUCUCUUCCUCUUCUUUUGUAAACCAGGCCCUGUGCACAAUCGAUACGAACGUCGCGUCAAAAGCAACGACGUUAUUUUUAUUAUUUAGGCGCCUUUUUUUUCGUAUGACGCGCGGGUCAGUUAUAAUUAUCACGCGACAAACGUUAAUUGGUUAAUAUUUUCGCCUCCAAUAUUUUUAUUUCUGGCUCGUGCAGUCGUCCGCGCGUAGCGCUCGUGGUAUAUUAGCGGUCGACAAAUAAUUUGAUUAUUUGCGUCCCAGCUGGCUGUCAGCUUCAGGAAAACAUUUUCUCUCCGAUAGUUCACUCUUGGACGGGAGUUUAUAUCCGCCGCGAGGGAAGCAGCGAUGACAACAGAAGGAACGCUUGAGAAUUGAGGGUUUUUCGUUUAUCUCAGGCUUCUCAAGGCAAAAUAGUUUACGGACGCGCCCGCGCGCCCAGACGCGAACGACACCAUGAGAACGACCAAGGAGAACAGGUGAAAGGGUUAUGCCCUCUUCUCUGAUAUCGAGCACCCCUUACAAGGGGCUCUUCCUUUUGAUUUUGCUCUUCGUCGCCCUGGAAUAUUUCUUCAACACAGUUUCGGAAACAAAAUCGGCCAUUUUCAACUCCACCAAGUCAACCCUCCCGUCAAAAUCUCUCGGCUACGGGCCUCUCUUGAAAACGCUCCUCUUCAAAAACAACCAGUCGGUCGGCUCCGACGCCGCCCCCAUCUCGCCCGCGCCGACCCCGAAAACAACCGGUUUGAGCUACAUAGUUACGGUGUUGCCAAUUUUUCGCCCAAAUCUCACGACCAAUUCGGCCAACGUUGCGGCGUUGUUCGAAGUCGGCAGCGUCUCCGCGUCGCCUGAGAACGCGUCGACGACGUUUGGCGCGAAAUCUACCGACGCGCCCCCAUGCGGCGACGCCACCCCGAAUCUCCUGGGUAGACUGCAGGUGAUCAAAAAUCGCGUGCCUUCUAUCCGCGACUUGGAGAAGCGGUUCGCGUGGCUAAAACCCGGCGGUCAUUGGGCGCCCGACACUUGCACCGUCUCGAGAAAGGUCGCCAUCGUCAUACCGUUUCGGUGCAGAGGCGAACACCUGCUCGUCUUCCUCCAGCACAUGCACCCCUUCCUCAAGCGUCAACUACUGGACUACACGAUCUUCAUAGUCGAACAAGACGGCGACGGACCUUUUAACAGGGCGAUGCUGAUGAACGUCGGCUACGUGGAGGCCCUGAAGGCGCGCGCCUUCGACUGUUUCGUGUUCCACGACAUCGACUUGUUGCCCGAGGACGACCGUAACCUGUACACGUGUCCCGACCAGCCCAGGCACAUGAGCGUCGCAGUCGACAUUUUCAAAUACCGAUUGCCGUAUCCGGCGAUAUUCGGCGGCGUCUCCGCCAUCACGACCGAACACUUUAAACUGCUCAACGGUUUCUCGAAUUCGUUUUGGGGCUGGGGCGGCGAAGACGACGACAUGUCGAACCGUAUACGGUACCACCACCUCCACAUCUCGCGGUACCCGAUCAACGUCGCUAGGUACACGAUGCUGACACACAAAAAGGGCAAGCCCAGCCCUAACAGGUACGACAUGUUGAAGCAAGGUCUCAAGCGGUUCGACACCGACGGCCUGGUCAAUUUGAAAUACGACCUGGUCCAGAAGAAACGAAAACUGCUCUACACGUGGCUCUUGGUCGGUAUUCGUCCGCCCAGUUGAUAGAGCGCACGUGACGCCACCGUUACCUCGUCGCAAUCUCCUGUGGGACGUCGUUAUAUCCGCGUUGUUGGGACAUGCGUCAUAUUGACGUUGGAUCAACGUCGUUUUUCACAAUGUUUGUUUAAUUCAUUUGUCUCGGUCCGUUCGAAAGUGCAUCGAAUCUUAGCGUUUCAGGGAUAGAUUCUUUUGAAAGGAAAUUUUGUUUUCGACUAGUCGAAAGCCGCGUCCCCAUCCAUCCAGUAGCGCGCGUCCUGUGAUAAACCGCAAAUCACGUCUUCGUCGCAUUAAAGCUUCAAGAUAUUUUGCGACGUCGUACAGUGCUCUAUACCAUGGUAAAAAUGAGAAAUUUUCGCUUUUUUUUUACAUUAUUUCCUGAUAAAGGGCUGUCUGAAUUGUAGAAAGGAAUCUUCAAUUGAAAUCAGGUCGUCUUGUUUAAAUUGACAGUCAAG